AUGGAACGCAAGCGCCACGGCCAAACGAUGCAAAACCAGUACUCAUACUACGCCCAACCCAACCAGGCCUACGGUCAGCAACAACAAGCGUACGGCCCCCGCCCAGACGGCACGUGGCCUGAGCCGCCGCCAAUGUAUAACAACGAUGCGCCGCCAGGAUACCUGCCGCCGCCCGGAGCGACGAAGAUGGAUCCGAAUCAGGCGCCGGGGAACGUUGAGAUGGGACAGUAUCCGCCGCCGCCUCCGAUGGGGGCGCAGCAGACGGGUGUGACGGGCGAGAGUGGUUUCCAGCAGGAGAUGCCGCCACGGCCGCCGCAGGCGAAAUUAGCAAAGUUGAUGGGGAGGUUUAGGAAGUAA